AUGGGAAAGGGUUUGUUGCCUGAUACACAUGAGCUAGCUGCAACGGGUGCGAGGUCACUGGCGAUUGGGAAAUGUGAUGUUGCAUUGGUGCUUGGUGCAAGGCUGAAUUGGUUGUUGCAUUUAGGGGAACCUCCAAAGUUGUCCAAGGAUGUGAAUUUUUUAUUAGUUGAUAUAUGUGAGGAAGAGAUUGACUUAAGGAAGUCGAAUGUGGGAUUUUGUUGGGGAUGCGAAAAGGGUUUUGGAAUGAUUCAUAAGGAGAUUAAUAAUGACCCUUUUUGUUUGGGGAAGAAUUAUCCUUGGGUUGAGGCGAUAGUGAAGAGGCAAAGGAAAAUGUUGGCUUCACCUGGUCGGUUUGUGGUUUCUGUUGAAGGGGACUCUGGAUUUAGGUUUAGUGCCUUGGAAGUUGAGGCACCUUCUAGCUAG